CAAAAGAUAAUCAUCAGCGAGCGAGCGCCCGGAUUCGCCUCAACAGAGUUGAGCUCAGUGAAAGCCCGCCGAGCAAUAGAGAAACAGCUGAGCUGGUAUCGAGGACAAUAGCGUUCCGGCGAGUCAUCUCUCUCGCGCUCUCUGCAAAGUGACUUUUGUGCGGAGCAAAGCGCUAUCAAGCUGGUGCUGCUGUGUGCGUGCGCGCGUGAGACAGUGAAUAAACAUGCCGUGCGUCGAUAAAUUGACGUUUCUGCCACUAUUGGUGAUCGCGACGGUGUUUCUAGCUGAGGUGUCUGCCGGCUCCAUUCAUCAUCUACUUAGUAAGCGGGAGCUGAAAUUGCUUUUCGGCGCGAACCACCACACGGAAGUGCCCGACUAUAAGCUAGUGGUGCCGCGCAGUCGAAACUGCGUUGAGGGAGCAGACGAAUAUCCGGACCAACUCUUCUACACGCUAGACGGAUUCGAAAACAGCGACCCGUUCCAUUUGACAUUGUACAAAACUGGAGAGAUCGCGUCGCCCGAGCUGCUGGUCGUUACGCGCGAUGCGAAUGACAACGCGACUACGAUUCAACAUGUCCGACCAGAUCACUGCCAUUACCUAGGCAACGUGACGUCACAUGCAAACAGCGUCGCCGCGAUGAGCAGUUGCGAUGGACUGACUGGCAUCAUUGCAACGCCGAAAAAACAUUUCAUGCUACAUCCCGUACCGAGAGAUGUUUUUAAGCGCCACAAGAGGUCGCUAGAUGGAACUAUCGCAGACGAAACGCAUUUCCUUUACGAAGUCAACCCUAACGACAUUAAUUGCCCUGUCAACGAGCGGCUGUACGAGCAGGGUAUACUGAGAAUUCAAGAGCUCGAAGCCGACUUCAACGCGAGAUCAAAACGGCAGACUGCGCAGCAGAAGAAGGACAAAGUCGUCGAGCUCGCGAUAUUCUACGAUCACGCCAUCUAUGAAGCCACGAAGAAAGAAAACGACGAGAACGACAUGGAAAUCCUCAAUUACGUGCUAGCGACUAUUAACGGGAUCAACCUUCUCUAUCAUCAGCGCUCACUCGGUGACGUCGCCGUCACUUUCAAACUCGUGAGACUGGAGAUCAUGAAAGCUCCGACGCGCCACCUACCGCAGGAUGGGGAUGCGGAAGCGCUGCUCAGUCGUUUCCGGGUGCUGCAGGAGCAACGCAACCCAGCGGGAGGUGCUGCCGGACACUGGGAUAACGCUGUGCUCAUCACGGGAUAUGACAUGUACGUCACCUUUCAAAAGAAGAAGGAGAGAUCCGUGACAGGCUACGCUCACGUCGGCUCCAUGUGCGAGCGGAGAACGUCGUGUAGCAUUAACGAGGGCAAGGGAUUCGGCUCGCUCUAUUCCAUCGCACACGAGAUCGGACACAACUUCGGCAUGGUACAUGAUGGCUACGGUAACACUUGCGCUAAGAAAGGAUUCCUCAUGUCAGCAGAGAGCGUCAUCGUCGGCACCGAAUGGUCUAGAUGCAGUAACGAAGACUUCAAUCGAUUGAUCAGGCUUUUCCGCUGCCUAGACAACGACAACAGCGAGUCGACGGCGUUCAAGGACACCGAUACGCGACUCAUCGGGCAGCGCUACGACGCCGACAUGCAGUGUCAGGUGUACGUCGGCAAUAGCAAGUCACGCCGCAGCACCGGACAACCGUUUCCGAUCGCCGACAUCUGUCGCAUCCUGUGGUGCUCAGACCCCGAUCUGCCGCUGGUGAGUCGCGGCGCGCAUCCGGCCCUCGACGGAACUUACUGCGGGAACGAAAAGUGGUGUCGUGCAGGUAAAUGCACGUCGUGGGGAGACAGCGGGCCUGACGUCAUUAACGGCGAUUGGAGUCUGUACACUACCAACGCUACGUGUCUCUCGAACUGUCUACAGAUGGGAAGUGGCUACACGGUCUUCUUACGGGAGUGUAACAAUCCUAAACCCCAAAAUGGCGGCGAACCUUGCAAAGGCUCGGAGAGAAAGAUUGAGAUGUGUGACGAUGAACGAGUAUGCCGACGAAGAAAGACUGCUGAGAACUACGGGCGAGGCAUCUGUAAGAGCUGGCAUCCAAACGCCGUCGUCGACAGCAGACAAGAACCUAUACCGACUGCCUGCGCGUUCCGCUGCAAAGUGGGCGCGGGAAAGAACCUGUUCCGACUCGUCGAUCGCACGUUCCCGGACGGCAAGAACUGCGGAAACGGAAAGUACUGUGUCGACGGGAAAUGCGUAAAGCCGGGCGCGGCGCCGAUCGACGGCGGUUGGAGCGAGCCUGAGCUGAUAUCGGACUGUGAUAGCGCGACGACGUGCCUUAAGGGCGGCGUGAAGCUGCUCAUUAAAAGACGAACAUGCACCAAUCCCGCACCGGAUAACGGCGGAAGCUCUUGCGUGGGUUCAGAGACGAUCACGGAGAUAUGUCGCGGGCAGUAA